UUGCGGAAGCGAUCACUGACAAUGCAAGGGAUAAUUUUUCCAAGGUAAUUGGGUUACCAUAUUUUUGUGGAGGUGAAGAAAGAAGCCCGUCGGUACCAAAUGUAAAAUGUAUCGCCAGCGCUCACGCAUGGAUAAAGGAUUUAGAAAAUAGAACAAUGACAAACUGGACAGACGAAGGGAGGAUAGAGUUGGCCAAGCAAUAUGCAUUGGACAGUGCAUAUACUCAUAUGACACACUGUGCAACGCAACAUAAAAAUGAUUGGGAUGAUGUGAGAAAAGCAUUCCUUGAUAUUUAUCCAGAGGAUAGAUCGCUUCCAAGCCUGAUCAGUGAAUUGUCAUCAGUAACUCGACAGCCCAGAGAAACCAUAACAGAGCUCUAUAUCAGAGUAGAAGGGAUUGUGGCAAAAUUAGACAGCAUGAAACCCACAGACUGUGGGGCUAUGCAUGGGAUACGUUCAAGCCUGGGAUGUACCCCAAAGCUCACCUCCUCAACAAGGGAUGAGUUUCUCCCAAGACCAUCAACUACUUGUAACUGGACAAGCUUAUGUGGUGCCUUUUUUGUUGAAAUUGGAGGAUAUCUAUGAGCCAAUUAAAAAAGCCAUCAAUAUCACUCAGAAUAUAAUAUAUAAUUUAGAUGAAAUUGCAGGAGAUGAUUUUAUCAUCAAUCAGAAUAUGAUAUAUAAUUUAGAUGAAAUUGAGGGAGAUGAUUUUAUCUUGUUUACCUCUUUGAUUUCUCAGCAUAUCCUGGCUUUUCAAGAAAGAUUGAAAAAUUUGCAUGCUUCAAUGCAGGAUUUCCUAAUGCACAUUGUGGCCAAUGACAUUCCUCAACCUAGAAGAAAAAAAAGGGGGGCAAUAAAUUUUAUAGGAUCUUUUGCAAACACAUUAUUUGGGACUGCUACACAAGAUCAAGUUGAUAUUAUUCAUAAAAGAUUACAAUCGUUAGACUCCUUCACAGAAGAGGAAAGAAAACUCCUCAAUGUUCAUUCCCAUGUUAUCAAUGUCACUCUCAAUGAACUAACAAAUGUUCAUCAAACAUUGGAAAAACUAGAAACUGCUACCCGUGUUACUAAGACCCUUAUGACUAAGAUGGAAAAACAUAUAGAAAAUAAUGAAAAAUCCAUUCUUUCACUGGAGAUUUUACUGCAUAUCCAGCUAGCCUUGACAUCCAUUGCAGCUGAUCAUAUUAAUUUUAAGAUAGGAUUACAAAGUAUGAUGGAAACCCAUAUUUCUCCUAAUAUUGUGACAAAUGCAUUUUUACUACAACUUUUAGAUGAGAUAUCAGUUAAACAUGAGUUAUUGUUUCCUCCUAAACCAGAAUAUUUAGGAUUACACAGAGCUGCUAUUCGUGUAAUCCAUAAGACUGCAUUACAUGACUUGAGCUUCUACUUACUCGUUCCUUUGCGAGGAAUUCCAGCUGACACCUUUGAUGUCUUCAGGAUGACCUCCCUUCCCUUUCCUAUUUCUAAAUCAGAUGCUUUUUUAAUGCAUCAACCUUCAAGGAAAUAUUUAGUGAUUAACAAGGCAAGAAAUCAAUUUUUUGACUGAUGAUUUUGAUGAUUG